AUGGCUGCCAGUGAACCCUCCAGAUACCUGGCAAGGUCAUUGCCACGGGCCUUGGUGCCCUCUUCGCGGGCUCCGGCCUUUUGCUGGCGUCGCAAUGCCUCCGAUCAAGCGUCGACGAGAUCUCCGUCCGCCGACAUCAACGAGCUGGAGUCGACCACUCUAUCCACCCCUCUGUCGCAGGACACGGUGAAGUCCUUCAAUCCUCUCGAAAGAGCCAGAGCACGCAAGACGCAACUACCCCGGAGUCGUUAUCAAUUCCGCUCCCCCAAAUACGACCGUGGUCCUCUUCACCCUCACCGGCCUCCCCCGCCCUCUGAUCCCUCCUCUCGACUUUUCGUCCCCGGCCCCUUCUCCCUUCCCCGUGUCGCACAGACCUGGCAAUCAACCGUCGCACCGGACCUCCUCACCCUCCUCUACGUCCACAACCCCCCGGGAUUUAAGCCCCCGCCGAAGGCUCCUCGUCUCCGUUCAUGGGACGACAGCUCCCCGUACCACAAGAACCGAUCUCUGCGUGGCCCUCGUGGUGGUGACGUUCUCCGCCUCCUCCGCAAGCCUAUCACCUUCAACAACAUCCCCAAGAUCGAGCGCAUCACUCUCCACAGUUACGUCAAGCAGGCUGCCACGAACGACUCGUCAUGGCUGCACGUUGCUGGUAUGGCCCUGCAAGCCGUGACCAACGUCAAGGUUGAGACUUUCAAGUCCAAGACUAGCGUUGCCCAGUGGCACAUUGCCCCCGGUCGUGAUACCGUUGCCGCUAAGGCCGAGCUGCGCGGUGAGAACAUGCUGCAUUUCUUCGGAAAGCUGGUCGAUGUUGUCAUGCCCAGACUCAAGGAUUGGCAGGGUGUGAAGGGUAGCAGUGGUGAUAGCAGUGGUAACAUCACUUUCGGUCUUGAACCUGAGGAGAUGGCUCUGUUCCCGGAGAUUGAGGUGAACUAUGAUAUGUACCCCCCCAAAAUGAUCCCCGGUUGCCACAUCACCAUCCACACCAGCGCCAACACCGACAAGGACGCCCGUCUUCUGCUCAGCGCCAUGGGUGUUCCUUUCUACGGCAAGCUUGUCAACUGA